CCUUAUAACUAGUGUCUAUAAAUAUAGUGAUUGUCUUGAUCCUUCCAAGAACAACUCCACAAACAACAUAGAUAGAACAUCUUAGCAAAUUAAACCCUCUAGCUAAGUGUAAAUUAAAAUGGCAAAGCUUUCUUCCCUAGUUUUGAUUUUCGGAUUAUUAACAACACUUGUUUUGCUCACAUCAUACCAAGCCAUGUCUCAAGAAGUUGAGGAUGAGAGUGAGUUUAAUUAUGAUGAAGAGAGUGAAAAAGGACCACAACAUUGGGGAGACAUUAAACCAAAUGAAUGGUUUUUGUGCAAAAAUGGAACAAUGCAAUCACCAAUUGAUUUAUCAAAUCAGACGGUUAAAAUUGUAUCCAAUUUAGGAGUGCUUCAAAUUAACUACAAUCCCUCUAAUGCAACUCUUAAAAACAGGGGUCAUGAUAUCAAGCUGGAACUGAUUGCAAACACAAGCUCUCUACAAAUAAAUGGAACUCGGUAUAUACUAAAACAGUUACAUUGGCACUCUCCCUCUGAACACACCAUAAAUGGCAAAAGGUUUGAUCUAGAGUUACAUUUGGUGCAUCAAACUCCAUCAGGAAAAACUGCAGUGAUUGGAGUAUUGUACAAAACUGGAUUAAUACCAGAUCCUUUCUUGGCAUUGCUAACAAAGGACUUAGUGGCAAUUUCUAAUAGUACAGGGGCAGAAAGGGCAGUUGGUGUAGUUGAUCCUAGGCUAACUAAUUUCAACAGAAUUCAUUAUUACAGAUACAUGGGUUCACUAACUACACCAGCAUGCACUCAGAAUAUUACUUGGACAGUUGUUAAAGAGGUUAAAUCUGUUACAAAGGAGCAAAUCGAAUUGCUUCAGGUUGCUGUUCAUGAUGAAUCAAACACUAAUGCAAGACCAUUGCAACCAUUAAACAACCGCUUAGUGCAGCUCAACUAUUUUGGGCCGGCACUUGGCCCAACAGCAUGAAGAGGAAGAAAAUUGUCAAAGGCCCUAUAGUUAAGGGCCAAUAGAAACUUUAUCAAGCCCAAUUGAUUAAGGGAGAAUUACUACUAAUUAACUUGAUAAGGAAACCUAGUAUUCAUCUUAGUAUCUAGAUUCUUCUAUUUAGGAUGAAUCACCUUUGUAAUAAGCAUGAGUUAUCAUCAUAGAAUUCUAUUAUAUGCCAUGUGAUAUAUGUACUAUAAAUUACAUUAAAUAAUCUAUGAUGAAAAAUAUGAAGUUAGAGUCUA